AUGGACCACAAAGAAGCAAAAGAUGCCGAAGCAUCCCCUUCCAUUUUAUCCCCAGUGGAAAAGAGCCAUACAGCUCACCUUGUCUUGGUCCCCCGGCCUAGUACUGACCCCCGGGACCCUCUGAAGUGGCCUAUCACUCGCAAAUAUGUAUUACUGGCCGUGUUAUGCCUUGCAUCUUUCUCCGGCGCUAUCGCGCCUUUAUCGGGACAGCUUAAUCUGGCUGAUCAGGAGAAACUGUACAACAAGACGAAGCUGGAAGAGUCCUAUGCGAAUUCAGCCGCCCUGGCUGGCAUGGCCGCGGGCCCAUUUUUCUUUGCCCCGAUAUCUCACAUACUCGGUCGCAGCUCCGUAAUCUUCUGGUGUGUGCUAUUUACGUUAGUAUGCCAGAUCUGGGGCGCCGUCAUGACCGACCCUGGUAACUAUAUUGCAUACGUGAUCUCCCGGCUGUUUGCAGGCUUCUUCGGUGCCGUGCCUACAGUGCUUGGCCCUCGCAUCGUGACCGAUAUGUUUUUCUUGCAUCAGCGUGGCCGCGCUUUUACUGCUCUGCAUAUGGCGUUUUUAUUCGGAACUAUUGCCGGUCCGACAUUCUCGGGGUUUGUUUCUGCGCACUCUUUUUUUCCCGUUGAGUUCUGGUGGACGGUCGGUCUACUGGGGUUCACGCUUAUCUGUUGUUUCUGUUUCCUCGAGGAAACUGGAUUCGAUCGUGAAUGCUUUGAAAGGAACCCGGAUGUUCCAGCUGGAAUUCUGGCUAACAGACUCGCUACUUUCUUCUUCGGACAGAGGGUUGUCUUGCCGACUACCUGGAAAGAAACGGGAAAGCCCGAUGCUCUAUGCCAUGUCAUGAGAACUAAGUUCGAUCUAACAUCAGUCGAACAGGCCAAAGUCGGAAUCACCCCCUUUUUAAUUGGAAUGUGCCCUGUGACAAUCAUCAUGGGAAUAUUCACACUAAUCUCCUUUGGAUUUUACGUGGGCGUCAACGCACUCACGCCGGUAUGGCUCCAGAAACCCAUCUCCGAAGGUGGCUACGGGUUCUCAUUGGAGCAAAAUGCGGCAUUCACAUUCUGCCAUUGGAUUGGCAUCAUCGUCGUCCAAUUCUACGGUCACUAUUUGAACGACCGGCUGCCGCUGGCACUGGCACGACGGUACAACGGCGGUGUCUGGAAGCCCGAGUAUCGACUGCAUGUCCUAUGGCUUCCUAGCCUUGUGAUCAACCCUAUUGGCCUAGGGAUCUUUGGUGCCGCUUUGCAAUAUCAUUUGCACUAUAUGGUUCUCGCGCUGGCUGUUUUUAUUGUGACUGUUGGGUCGCUGGCCAGUGUUCCUGUCACAGUGAAUUAUGUUGUCGAGUGCUUUACCCGGUAUCCAGCUGAGGCAGGUAUUGUUAUUGGUGCUUAUCGCAUUGUCUAUGGAUUAACAAUUAGUUUCUAUAUCAAUCCUUGGGUUGAGGCUGUUGAUGUUGGCUGGGUUUAUGGUAUGAUGGCCUUCUUUGCGGUGUUCUCCUACAUGUUUGUUAUGUUGCUCAUGUGGAAGGGACAUGCUAUUCGCAAUAUUCAAUUUUCGAGCCUCGGAUCUAGCGAGGAGGGCGAACAGUUGGUAGGUAAAUAG